AUGGCGCCCAGCACGGCCAAGCCGGCCAGCCACUUUGCCCACGGCUACGAGUUUGGCGGCCCAAGCUCUGCUAACUGGGCCUUGCCCUCGUGCAACAGCAUCGGCACCUCGCUCAUCACCUUCGGACUCCCCAUUCUCUGCUACGUCUUCGCCUUUGGCUGCAACGACGUCACCGGCUGCCCCGCCCCGUCCCUUCUCAACUUCCCCAACAUCGACCUCGAACAACUCAAGGCAGAGGUUGGCUGGCCUGAGAACGGCUUCUGGGGUCUCGCCAGCUGGGAGGCUACCGCCUGGACUCUCGCCUACUACCUCUUCAGUGGUCUGCUCUACCGCUUCCUGCCCGCGACCGAGACACAAGGCAUCGCCCUCUCGUCUGGCGGCAAGCUCAACUACAGGUUCAAUGCAUUCUCCUCUGCCGUCUUCACCCUGGUGCUGUGCGCCGCCGGCACCAUUGCCCAGGGCGCCGAGUUCCCCGUCUGGACCUUUAUUGCCGACAAUUUCGUCCAGAUUCUCACUGCCAACAUCAUGAUCGCGUACGCCCUCGCCACCUUUGUCUAUGUCCGCAGCUUUUCCGUCAAGCCCGGCAACAAGGAGCUGCGUGAGCUCGCUCCUGGCGGCACCUCUGGCAACCUCAUCUAUGACUUCUACAUGGGUCGCGAGCUCAACCCGCGCGUCACCCUCCCCGUGAUUGGCGAGGUUGAUAUCAAGGAGUGGAUGGAGCUGCGCCCGGGCAUGCUCGGCUACGUCUUGCUGGACUGCGCCUUCAUCGCCAAGCAGUACCGUACAUUUGGGUACGUCACCGACAGCAUUGUCCUCAUCACCAUCAUGCAGACCCUCUACGUGCUCGAUGGCAUCUACAUGGAGCCUGCGAUCCUCACCACCAUCGACAUCAUCAACGACGGCUUCGGCUUCAUGCUGUCGUUUGGCGACCUCGUCUGGGUGCCCUUCAUCUACUCAACCCAGACGCGCUACUUGUCGACGUACCCCUUGUCUCUCGGCUGGCUCGGCGUCGCGGGCAUCAGCACCCUCCUCCUCAUUGGCUUCGCCAUCUUCCGCCUCGCCAACCUGCAGAAGAACAUCUUCCGCAACGACCCGUCCGACCCCCGCGUCGCGCACAUCAGCUACAUCCAGACCAAGACCGGCUCGCGCCUCAUGACCUCGGGCUGGUGGGGCGUCGCCCGCCACAUCAACUACCUGGGCGACUGGAUCCAGGCGUGGCCGUACUCCCUGCCCACGGGCUUCGCGGGAUACACCAUCCUCGCCGCCGGCACAAUCGUCACCUCGUCCCCGACCGACCAGGUCUACACCAUGGCCGACGGGCGCAUCGUCGUCCAAGGGCCGGCCAAGUACUGGGGCAUGCUCUUCACCUACUUCUACGUCUUGUACUUUGCCGUGCUGCUGGUCCACCGCGACGGCCGCGACGACGAAAAGUGCAGCCGCAAGUAUGGCGAGGACUGGGAAAAGUACAAGAGCAUCGUGCGCUGGCGGAUCAUCCCGGGUAUCUACUAA